GGUAGAGAAAGUGAACGGUGUUUUCGUCGAAUUUAACUUCUGAAGUUCAUUAAAAUUUCGAUGUAAAAAUACGGACUUGAAACGUAGCGGCGACAUGUAAUUGAAAUUAAAAAUAAUAGAGUACUUUUUAAUUUUAUAUAAACUAAUAUUGGUUGAGGUUAUAAUUUCAAUUUAUAUCAAUUCGUCACCAUAGUUGUGCGCCAGCAGUAUAUUUAGUACCGGAAAGCUAUUAAACUAUCUUAUUACUGUUUUCAACAGUUCCAGACUAAAUAGAAGAAAAAUGGGCCUUAUAAUUUCAAGAUUUCGCCGCAAGAAAACAACAACAGAAAUACUCGAACGACUAGAAAACGAUAUAAAAAGCAUAGAAAGAGAUGGCCAAUACAAGGAGCAAACCCACAAACGCGUUAUAGGAUACGUUAUGGCGUAUUCAGUGGGUCUAUACGUGUUAUUUGCGGUCCUUUACUACUACAUGUACGUGGGGAGGAGUCAGUAUUGGUUGCAUUCGUUGCUGUAUGCCUCGCCUUUACUGGUUUUGCCCGUGCUUGUGAUAUUCUUACGGUCAUCAAUAUCCUGGUAUUAUAAUUGGAUGAUAAACAAGAACAGGAUGAAGUUAAGCAAAAUGAGGGAGGAUAAAAAGAAGAUAUUGGAAGAGGUGAUGAACACAGAGACAUAUAAGGUUGCCAAAGAAAUCCUUGACAAAUACGGAAGUCCAGACGACCAGUCGAAAUCGUUGAAGCCGUUCGUACCAACCCUGAACGUACCCGCAACACCGGGACAGUUAAGGCAGAGACAGCUAGCGUUGCAGACUUCGACGCCCAUACCGAAUAAAAUGAACAUGUUGGCUAUAAACAACACGCCGAAUGCUCUGUACAAAGGACCGCGUCUUAGAUCGGACCAGUUGCCCAGGCCACUGCUCGACAAGGACCGGUCUGCUCUCGACAAAGUGGUGGACUAUCUUCUCAAGGACGGACCGAAUCAUCGGAUGGCGCUGAUAUGCAGGGAAUGCUUCUCGCACAACGGCAUGGCGAUGGCCGAAGAGUACGAGUACGUGUCGUACGUGUGCGCGUACUGCGGGCGUCUCAACCCGGCGCGGAAGCAGAGGCCGGCCGCGCCGCUACUCAGCCCGAAGGCGCUGCCGCCGGCCGUAAGGAGGAUGCACGGCGGAAGUGACGAUUCUUCGGUAGCCAGUUCGGGAAGUGAAAGCGAAGACGAGAAGAAUGGAGGAAAUCAUUUUAAUAACUUUGAGAAAUCGAUGAGCGAGUCGGAUCGUCCCCCCUCCCCGGUUGAGGCGGACCCGAAAUCCGACGAAGAAAAAAAAGAAGACUGAAUCUAAUUAAAGUAUCAAGACUAUUCUCAUAUUUAUUCUACGUUUGUCCCUGUCUUGUGUGAGUUUACAUUAGAUAGAAGAUUAACAACGACUUUAGUCUUGAUCCUUUCUGUAUUUUUUUUGCAGAAGAAUAUCAAGUAAAGUAUCAAGAUUUUACUCGUUAAUAUUGUUGUAAAUUCAUCCUCCUGUUCGUUGUAGUUAUUUAAUGUAAUUAAUAAAUAUACACGAGGUUUAAUUUAGUAUUUAAAACGACAUUAAAAUAAAUUGCUAUGUCCCAAAAAUCUUAGAACUGACGAAAAAAAUCUAUCUAAUAAAUAAAUACAUAAUGUGACUGAAGUACUCUUUAGUUUGAGACAUGAAUUUCGUUCCCCGAAUUUUCUUGUCGUAUGAUUCUAAUAAAUUUUGUAAAUUUGGUUUAAAAAUAUAAAACUUCAUUUGGAUAGUAUUUGGGUACAUACAAAUGAUCAAAAUACCGAACGGCAUGUAUCUGUAACAAAUGUACUGUGAUUGUGGAUUGAAUCUGGGCCCGAAGUACAUUAGGCCACGAAAUGGUCAAAGUCUAUGAAUUUGUUGUAACUAUACUGAGACCUUGGAACUUAUAUCACGAGGUGGGUGGCGCAUUUACGAUGUAGAUGUUUAUGGGCUCCGUUAACCACUUAACAACAGGUGGGCUGUGAGCUCGUCCAACCAUAUAAGCAAUAAAAAAAAUUACUAGAUUAAACCUCGUACAUUACUAUAUAGGUACAUGUACUUCCAUUUCGAUACUCGAAAACUGGUCAAGAAUGUAAAGUAUCAAUUGUUUUGAUUCCUCCAACGUUGGGUUGCCUGUGACCAAAAAUUUUCGUUAUGUUUUUAAAUAUCGAGUAUCGUAUCGAUUCGAUAUCCAAACGAUUUUUCUUUGAAACAUUACGCGUGCCUUUAAUUGAGCAAUAAAUUAGCUUUUUACGUCGCGAUUUAUCCAAAAUCGAUUAGGUGUUAGAAUCGAUUUUAUUGAUCGUCAAAAAAAAAGGAACGAUUUCUUUUGAUCGUAUUUGUCACACAUCCUUAUGAAACACUAAAUACACGUUAAAACCGCAAGAUUCAUGAUUCAUUUAUGAAUAUUGAUUAAGGGCAAUUUGAACAAAAUGCAAUGUCGAAGUGAAAAGGCGAAAUUUGAAGCUAAAUUUCAAGUAAUCGUUUAUUUGAAACAAGGCCUUCACAAUGGCGAACCGGCUGACUCUAUGCUUCCCAAAAUUCCUCUACCUCAACCUAUAUUAAUGUGAGGCUAUAAAAUAAACCUGUAAAUAACUUAUCAACUCUAUUAUACCACGAUUAGCCACGGAUGACGUCACGCUUUGUGAUUCGUGUUAAAAAAAUGAUAGCGUUAUUAAAUCAUGUUUUGCUUUGACCGCUUCCCCGUGAACGUGAAUAAAUUGUCUAUUGGUUUUUUAUUCAGUUUUAGCUUUAGCUCAGUUGCCUCUGAUAACACGGUCCAGUCACUUUUCUUAUUAUCCGUGCUCCUAUUUAUCUACCAUAAGCGCAUAUUGUUGGAGGGAUUUUAGUGCAAUCAAUACGGGCAGUACAACGCCAUCUAGUGACCAUGGGGUGCAACUUUUCUGACACUACAAGUCACUGAUUCGCGCCCCAAACUAUCGAUGAAGAGAUACUUUUCUUUUGAUUCGAUUACAUUAACUGGCGUGUUACUUAACUUAUACAAUGCACGAAGAUGUAUACGAUCUCAUGUGAUUCGAUCUGGAAAUAAAAGAUUUUAACGGAAGUCACCUCGAAAUUUUAAUAUAAAAGUCUAAAAAAAUAUUGAACAGUGAGACAAGUUAUUGGUAUUCGCCUUGCCAUUCUAACGUUGGGAUUACAAAUUGUUUUCAAACUACCUUCAACACGCUCAAAUUUGUCAUCUGAUGUUAGUUACGUCACAGUUCACUAGAAUUCUUUCAUUUUAAUAUCUGAAUACGAGUAGUAUCAUUCUAAUUAAAGUAAAAUCAAAUUGAUUCCGUUCUUGUUUGUAAACUCAUUGUCUCGACCACACAGGAGUCAUGUGUCUUUUGAAUGUUUGUCUCCCAGGUUCUAUGAUUUUUUUUGCAUGUUAGGUCUAAAUAUAUCUAUAAAUAUCUUCUUAGUUAGACACUCUUGUUAGGGUCGUCGGUUGUGGUUGCGCUGCUUUUUUCUUUUUCCUACCUACUCUAGUAACCUCGAGAGGUUAUGGUAGAUUCGCAGAACUAGUAGGUGAGCUCACGGGGCUCUAACCUAACCUAACACUAGCCCUAGCAAGAGCAGUGCCUCACAGAGUCUACCACCGGAUAAGAAUCGCGACCCACUGAGAAGAUCCGGCGAGAAAGUCAUUGGGCUGUUGCGUUGCCUGGUUGCUUGGUCUGUAAAUAUUUUAGGUGUUAAAAUAAAUAUUUGUUCAGACUGAAAACUAAACGUCAAAUGCAGCUCUAGUUUAACUCGAUGGCGAGAGAAAUGAAAUCACAACAUCCAAGUCCGACCUGCACGUUCAGGGUUGUCAAAUCAAAAUUAUUAUUUUUUAGAGUAACUAUGUUUUUGACAACCCUAUUUAACAUGAUCAAGAGCUUUAAGCUAAAUUCAUUCUAACAAACGAAAACUUUGUAUAAUAAGCUUUGAUCACGUGAAACGUAUCAGCGGUAUCGAUAUGAACUAAUGAUGUACUAUUUAUCGAUUCCAAUGUUAUAAUAAUGUCUUCUUAACGACAAUUAAAACGCCAAUGAAAUGGUAUAAGAACAUUAAUAAUGAAUUUUACGAUUGACUUAUACAAUACUCUAUUUAAGGCACUGCUGUGUUCAUUAAAAAUAUAUAUAUUAAUUAAUUACGUAUAAUAUCUAAAGUCAUGCUCAUUUUUUCCUUACCUAAUCGUUGGUAGCUUAAGUGGCUA